AUGCCACCACCACCGGCACUUAAGAAAAAAUCUGGAACAAAAAAUCCACCUAUGUUUAGUCAAGAAUAUCUUAUUCAAAAUCAUGGUGAUUUUGCUUGUGGUAUAUUAAUGAUUAUAGCAUUAGGUACAUUAGUUCAUAUCACAUCACCUUAUUGUACGGCAUUUUUUGGUCCACGUCAUAAUGUAACAAAUUUUGAUUCAUUUAAUUCUUCACCACCACCACUAUUUAAUUAUGGUUAUAAAGAUUUAGCAAUGCUUUUUUCUUAUACACUUAUUUGUAUAACAGCACAUGCUAUAUGGCAAGAAUAUGUUUUGGAUAAAUUAUAUAAAAAAUUACAUUUAUCAAAAUCUAAAAAUGCAAAAUUUUUUGAAUCAGGUCAACUUAUUCUAUUCUAUAUUGUUAGUGUUUUAUGGGGUUUUAUGUUAUUUAAUGAUGAAGAUUAUUUACGAUCAGGUUUAGAAUAUCUUUGGCGUGAUUAUCCAUAUACAGGUAUGACAACAUGGACAAAACUUUAUUUUAUUAUACAAUUAUCAUAUUGGUUACAUAAUUUUCCUGAAUUAUAUUUACAAAAAGUUCGAAAAGAAGAUAUACCAUCACGUAUUGUUUAUACAAGUUUAUAUUUAAUAACAAUACUUUAUGCUUAUUUAACACGUUUUUGGCGUAUAUCACUUGUUUUAUUAACAUUACAUUAUUUUAUUGAAAUAUUUUAUCAUGGUUCACGUCUUGCAUAUUUUUAUACAACAACUAAAACAGGUUCAACAACAGCUAAAUUAAUAUCAAUUUAUUUAUUUAAAACAUGGAAUAUAAUAUUUGUUAUUGGACGUCUUGCAUCUGUUGUUUUAGCAUGGUUAACAUUUUGGUUUGGUUUAAAAACAUCAUCAAUUAAUAAAAUAACAUUUACAACAACAUCAAUAUCAAAUAUAAAUGAAAAUAAUGGUACAUUAAAUGAAUCAAUUAUUAUUUCUAAUUUUAAUACACCAACUAUUCGUUUAUUUACACUUAUUGCUACCGGUGUUUUACAAUUUUGGCUUGUUUGGAAUUUUAUUCAAUUUCAUAUGCGUCGUCGUCGUGAACAACGUAGUACACGUCCACCAACUGUAGCUUCACCUAAAAUUCCAAAUAAACUUAAACAAAAACAACAAAAUUUAACAAAUGGUAAAUCUGACAAUGAUGAAAUUUUGGAACAAUCUGUUAUAUCUUCUGGUAGUCAUAGUAAUAAGAAAAAUAAUUAG